CAUCAGCUUCACCGCCACUUUACGAGACUUUGAAGUCUCCCUCCCUCUCAUUCAGUACGGUGCCAGCGUACUCUGUCUAUCAGCCUGCGUGGCAGCGGCGGCACAAACCACAGCCACACACAGAGAGAGGAGAGAGAGAGAGAGAGAGAGAGAGAGAGAGAGGGGAGGGGGUCUGUCUGUCUGUCGGUGUGAGGACGAAUUGCACAACAACACGGACCAAUGUAACUCGUAGAAACCGUUUAAAGCUCCUCAACUCCUCUUCAGUAGCGGGUGGGUGUGAUGCCACCAUGGAGGCACAGAACAACAACCAGCCUACCUUAGACAACCACAACAAUCUUUACAAGAUACCUGGCCAAGAGGAUCAGAGAAACGUACCAAGCUGUAAGUACUGCUGCACUUUGGCAAACUUCCGGAUUGAAAAGAAAAUUGGUCGGGGCCAGUUCAGUGAGGUCUACAAAGCCACAUACCUGCUGGAGGGACAGCUGGUUGCACUCAAGAAAGUCCAGAUCUUUGAUAUGAUGGAUGCCAAGGCUCGUCAGGACUGCAUCAAAGAGAUAGAUCUACUGAAGCAGCUGAAUCACCCCAAUGUGAUCAAAUACCUAGACUCCUUUAUUGAAGACAACGAGCUCAACAUUGUUCUGGAGCUGGCAGACGCUGGAGAUCUGUCCCAGAUGAUAAAGUACUUCAAGAAGAAGAGGCGACUCAUUCCAGAGAGGACUAUAUGGAAAUAUUUUGUGCAGCUCUGCAGCGCCCUGGAGCACAUGCAUUCACGCAGAGUAAUGCACCGUGAUAUCAAGCCAGCCAAUGUGUUCAUAACAGCCACAGGGGAGGUAAAGCUCGGUGAUCUUGGAUUAGGCCGCUUCUUCAGCUCUAAAACCACGGCAGCACACUCCUUAGUGGGGACACCGUACUACAUGUCGCCUGAGAGGAUCCAUGAGAACGGAUACAAUUUCAAGUCAGAUAUCUGGUCCCUGGGAUGUCUUCUGUAUGAGAUGGCAGCGCUGCAGAGUCCUUUUUACGGGGACAAGAUGAACCUCCUGUCCCUCUGCCAGAAGAUUGAGCAGUGUGAUUACCCUCCCCUCCCACCUGACCAUUACUCUGAGAAGCUUCGGGACCUGGUUAGCAUGUGUAUCAGCCCGGACCCAGACCAGCGGCCAGACAUUGUCUUCGUGCUGCAGAUCGCCAAACAGAUGCACAUGUGGACUUCUAGCACCUGAGCAACCAUUUCUGCUCCAGGCCCCACCCCCCUCUCCUGCCCGCUUUCUCUGCUUAGUCUGAGGAUCUCAAACCACUAGAAGUAAGCUCUGCCUGGUCUUGCAGAAAAGUGUUUGCCUCGCCCUCGUCGCGUCAGGAGGAAGACUUGCACAGGGUGACUGUGAUGUUUCGACAUCCCACCUGUGUUCUGUUGCAGAGGGUGUGAAGAGGUGCAUCAGUGGUGCAGUACUCGUAGAAAGUGGAGUUAAUGAAGGGGCGACUGCAUUUAUGGUCUUUUCUUUAGCUACAGAUGGAGAGCUGUGUCUCACCAUGAUGGCAGAUUUCUCAAAGCUUUCUUUAACUCCACAGGGGUUGCAUUCCAUGUUCAUACCCUUUGUGUCAGGUAAAUUGUGUGCAGAAGAGCUGGGCAAUCUGAAUCUAUCAUCUGUUAUUGUAAUGAUAUACAUUUUUUCAAAAUCAAUUUUAAGUACUUCAUUUAGGGGUCAUCGACAUAUAAAAAUGGACGUCAUGUUUCCACUUUCACUGUACAAAAAUUAAGCCAAAAUAUCCCAGAUAUGGCCGCUGCCAUCUUGCACUAGUGAUGUCAUUUGGGCUGUGUAGAAGUCUAAAAACAGCUAACAUGGAAGGGGGCGGGGUUUAUGACCUUUACUGUAGUAUAGUGGGCGAUUGAGAUGUGUUGCCUUAUAUACAGUUUACUUUAAAUGGACAAUUAGUAAAUACUUAAAUACAGUUACUAAGUCAGAUUUCCAGGACCCCAAGAAUGGUUUUUGAAAGAACUGCUAGCUUGCAGUGAGACGAAUGAACCCUUUUAGUCCCGCCCCUUUUGGAACCUCGGUCAACUUCCUCCUUUCCUGUACUUAAAUAUGCUAUGUGCUAAUCUGUGUUGAAAAGAUAACCACAUUUUGAAGAUGGUUAAAAGAUAAAAGUGACGUACAUAUAUGGUGUGUCUCAAAUGGAAUACUUCCGUUAGUAAACUUCUAUGUAGUGCACUGUGCAGACUAUGUAGUUACUUGCGUAGAGCGGUAAUGUGAGCUUGGUGUUGUCUCAAAUCGAGCACCAGCAUUGCGCACUUACUGGAAAUGACGAUUGCAACAUUUACCGUGGCGGCUGUGGCUCGUUCCUUAAUCGGAAGGUCGUGGGUUUGAUCCCCGGCUCUUGGUGCCACAUGUCGAAGUAUCCUUGAGCAAGAUACUGAACCCCGAAUUGCUCCCGAUGCCGUGCAUCAGUGUGUGAAUGUGUGUGAAAGGGUGAAUGUGGCAUUUAGUGUAAAAGUGCUUUGAGUAGUUGGAAGACUAGAAAGGCGCUGUACAAGUACAGGUCCAUUAACUUUUACCGUGUUACGCCGAUUUACAACCAGACGGAGUAUAAGUGCUAAUACUGGUUCAUUUCUUCAUGAUAUGAAUUAAAAAUGACCCUGCUUCUACUUUUUAUCACCUGUGUCUCUCAGUAUGGAAGUAUUCAAAUUGAGACACAACAAUUGUCACAUAAGUUAUACUUAAGUUAACUAAUGUUGAUGUAAAUGCUAGCUAACUAGCUAGAUAAUCUACAUUAAUCAUCAGCUAACUCGAUAACUGUGUUUUGCAAACACUAGCUCCAGAUGUAGUUAGGUAGCUAAUGAUUCAUGUAAGUAAGCUAGCUAGUUAGCUAGUUGUGACUAUUAUCUUUUAGCCAUCUUCAAAAUGUGGUUGUCUUUUCAACAUAGAUUAGCCUAGCACAUAGCAUAUCAAAGUACAGGAAAGGAGGAAGUUGACCGAGGUUCUGACCGAGGCUUGCUCAACUGUUAUUGGAGCACAGAGCAAAAGGGGGCGGGACUUAGGAAGGGUCGGUUAUGAUGCAGAUCAGCUAGACAACUGAUAUGUAUUUACUUCUUCUGUGUGGAAGAGUGCCAGUGACUGUGGUGAUAUUGAACUUUUCCAGUUCCAGUAUCUCAAGAUAAUCAUUAAAACUCCUAAAAUGUGUAAAAAGUGCUUUGAAGACUAGAGUCGGAAGACUAGAAUGGCACUAUAUAUAAUAAGUACAGUCCGUUUACCAUUCACUAAACACUUGAAAAACUUUAGCUUACAUUUUGUAAAAAAAAGAAAAUAAAUUCUGCUGCAUUGCAGGUACACCCAUUAUCCUGAUAACGCAAAUUCAAACCUAUUUGCGUUUUUUUUUCAGCCCAUCCCUAGCAUUUCUGAGUUUAUGAUAAAAUAACUAUAUUUACACUGAUUUUACUACUGAUCAUGGUUCAAAGAUCAAAGAUUCUAUUGAGUUGCAUAAUGGGAAAUGUAGGAUGCAGUGCUUCUAGAGCUUGGCCCAUACUGAACAACAUUACAGAACAAUGAAGAUUAGAUCAGUAUUGGUCAAACGUUUUACAGCAGGUACCACCUCAGUAAAUAUCAACCAAUAAAUAUCUCCAAGUACCACUGCGACAGCAGUGUAGGCCAACCCUGUUCAGCUAGACAGUUCAUGCAGGAGACAGGUAUAUUUCUAAUGAGAACAUUAUUUAUUGUUGUAAAUGGUAAAUGGACCUGUACUUGUAUAGCGCCUUUCUAGUCUUCUGACCACUCAAAGCGCUUUUACACUACGUGCCACAUUCACCCUUUCACACACAUUCACACAGUGAUGGCAAAGUCCAUCAAACAGAAACUAACAUUCAUACACAUUCACACACUGAUGCACAGCAUCAGGAGCAAUUUGGGGUUCAGUAUCUUGCUCAAGGAUACUUCGACAAGUAGCCGGAGGAGCGAUUAGUGGACGACCUGCUCUGCCUCUGAGCCACUACUUAUUGUAGUAGUUUGUAGUAUUUUGUUCCCCCAGGACCCAAAUCUGAUUGACCACCCCAACUGCCACCCCAUUAUCCUUACUUUUUCCACUCUGCAUUGUCUGUCUGUAGCAGGCUUCGUUUUAAAGCUAGAGUGACGAUACUGGCUCAUAUGAAACUAGAGGCCUUAUGCAUACGCCAGUACCAACCAUGCAUGUCGGGAAGGAGGCUAGAUAACGCUCCAAAGUUAGGCUAAAUUUUGGCGAUGGAAAAACUGGCAUAGCCCCACUUGUGCCUCCCCAGUCAAAAAAGUCUGGAAACGUCCCUGGAGUACACCUAUCACAGUUUGAGCACCAGUGGUUUAGAUACUGGGCCCACCACAGACCCUGUUGGCUUCCAGACAUAUGGACUUUUAUAUUUCUUAUUGCCUAGUCUCAGUGUGUGGACGUAAUACUGGCAAACUGUGCCGACCUCUGACUUCAUUCUUUUAGCUCUUUAGUUAACUCAGUAUAUUUUGAAUGUCAUGUUGCCUAAAUACUUAUGUUGAUGCAUAUCAUUUCAGUGUUGAUAGUGGAAUUAAGAAGGAAAGAGUUUGAGUACAGGACAACCUUGUAAUUAAAUUGAUUUAGAACUUUCUCAUUGUCCCCGCGGACCCGAAGAAACUAUUGAGUACUGCAAUGUCCCUCACUCAGUCUGUUAUUACUAAUCUAAGACAAACACAGAGUUGUACUAGAAUAAUGGUGGUGGGUGUUCAAAGAUGUUUUAUGUGAUGUAUAAAUAGCAGAACGCAGUUCAUGAUCUGGGUCAAAGUGUUGAUAUGUCUGUGUGAAUAUAGACCACUGUUACUGUGAAACUGUGAGUACCGGAGAAAUGAGAUGCUGUGAAAGUCAUUUAGAUAAACACAAAUAUGUUUAAAGUGUCCUUCUGUGAGGAGAAUGCACAGUGCCUUACCAUGCAGGAAACUCAUUAUUCUCAUUUGUUACCUGUAUUCUGUGCUAAUGAAAUAAAUGUAUCACACACACAGGAAGGGGAAAGUUUAGAGCUUUUAUCGUGUUUAGAUUACUUAUCUUCCAUCUACUACUGUACUUACUGAAUUGUGCCAUUAUGUUUAACUGUACUUUCCUGUGCUUCAGUACAUUAAAUCCAGCUCUCCGUGUCAA